AUGGCUUCUCGUAUCUUCACCGCCGGCCUCUUCGCCGCCUCCGUCUCUCAGGUCCUCGCCUCGUGCGCCUACGGAACUCACAUCGACCCCCGUGCCGAGGGAGGAAAAGUCAAGGUUAACAACUUUGCUUACACCGGUAGCAAUGGCUUGGCAGGGUCCCUUGAACUGGGUUGCUUUGGACACUGCCGCCAACACUCUCUGUGCCACUGGAACCACCCAGUCCCCAUCGACAUGGUCGCCGGCGCCUUCAACGUCAUCCCCGGCAGCUCCAUCAACCUCAAGAUCCCCGACAUGGCCGAGGGAACCGAGUUUGAGAACCUUGGAACCACGGUCGAGGUUAUCGCCAAGGGCGGAUCGAUGCAAGUCGGCGGCAGCAACUUCACCCUGCAGCAGUUCCACUUCCACCUGCCUAGCGAGCAUCUCGACGCCGGAAGGAGCAUGGCUAUGGAGAUGCACAUGGUCUUCGAGGGCGCCAACCAAGAGAUUGCCGUCAUUGGUACUUACAUCGACGUCGAGCAGGGUGCCGCCGCCGCCGCCCCUGUCGCCGAGGCUCCCGCCGCCGAAGCUCCUGCUGCGGGAAAUGCCACCGCCGAGCGCCGCAGCAAGCUGUCCCGCCGCGCUGCAGCUGCCGCUGCCGCCGAGGCCCCCAAGGCCAUUCCUCUCAUGGGUACCAACCCUAUUCAGGCCGAGGCCGCUUCGUCCAACUUGCUCGAGACUGUCUUCUCUUCCCUCAACGCCAUCAAGGAGCCCGGAACCGUCACCGAGACUGGCGCCCUGAACAUGCAAGAGGUCGUCAGCCUGCUCUCUGCCGGCAGCUUCCAAAGUGAGGGCGUCCAGUGGCUCGUCUCGACCCAGCGUCUCAUGGUCCAGCCCCAGACUUUCAACGCCGUCCGCGAUGUCAUCGGCUUCAACUCCCGGUUCCCUCAGAACAGUCUGGGCAAGGAGAACAUUCUUCAGGUGGCCCAGAAGAGCAUCGUCAGCGCCAACAUUGCCAACCCCGCUGCCGAGGCUCCCGCUGCUGCGCCUGUUGCCGCCGCUCCUGCAGCCCCUAAAGCCCCUGCUGCCGAGGCUCCCAAGGAGGCGCCCAAGAAGGCUGCCAAGGAGGCUGCACCGGCUGCCGCCCACGCUUAA